GUUAUUUAUUUAAAUUGCUUUUUACACCUAUAUUAUAUUCUAUUACAGAGUAACUUACAUCACUUUUAUGAUCAUCUACAUAUGGAAUUACAUUACAUUAACUCAGGUUCAAACCCGGAAAUGAUGAAUGCUAAAAUAAUUUACUAUAGGCUACAAAAACACUAUUCAAACUGAUUUCUGGAUAUUUUGGAUCUAACAAUUAAAAAUUGGCUUCCGAAAUCGUGAAAACCAUUUGACUACAGAAUAACUUCAGUAAUUGCAGUUGAACAAUAUUAUAAAUACAUAUGUAAGUCCUCGACAACCCGGCAAGUCGCAACUACCCGAAACUCCAAUAUAUUUAAAAAUCUUUUAAGGAAACUAGUACAUAUUUUAUCUACUUUAGAACUAAAGAAACUCAAAGAAAUGUGAAUAGAAAUCUCUAGUAGGUCAAAAAUAUUGAUAGAAAACGCUAGUAGGCAGUGUUUCAUAAGUUGCAACGUGUGUACUUGUAUGUAUUAGCCUCCCCAUUAGAUACAGCAAUCUCUUAAAAGGCCUCAAAUUAUGCAUGCGCUUAGCUGUCAACCACCAGCAGGCGUAUUAUCCUUUGCUCUUAAAAGGCAUAUGUGCGCCGCAACACGUCGACACGUGAGCAUAAACCCACAAACAAUGCUGAGUAAUGGAUAGAUGUAUAUCGGAUAUGAUCACACGUGGUCAUGCAUGCCGUAAAAUGAGUCGAGUGGCUGGAUUGCAUCGGCGCCGUUGAGUGAUGUGUGCGUGUUACGUGGCAUGCAACGCUCAGCAUUUCAACGAAUGCAACUACAAGAGACACCGCUAGUUUAAAAAGUCGAAGUGAAAGGCACAGCAACAACAAAGCAAUAAUAAAGAGGCGAACAUCGGCGUUUGCAACAACAAAAAAUAAAUUGAAAAUGAAAAAUGGAAAACAAAAGAAAAUAUACAAUAAUAAGGCGGUAGUAAGUCAGAGGAAAAACGAAUAAGCACAUGCAAGUGGAGGCAAAACCAAAACACAAAUACAUAACUUUUGACUUUACAUACCGCACAUGCGAGUAUGUACACACGCAUGCGCAUGUCUACAUCGAUAAAAUGUGUGGACGUUAAAGUGACUUCAACUUUGACAUAACAGUAAUUUAAAAUCUGCCUUCGAGCAUACCCAAUAUUUUGUAUUUUAUUUGGUGUGUGACUCCGGAUUAAGAAAUACAAAACAAAAACAAGGAGAUAUCAGCAGCACUAGCGAACCGAAUUGAAAAACGAUAAAUAUGUCAGCGAGAACACGAAAAGGAAACGAAAAAAUAUUGUUAGCAAUUUUAGUCGAGUCUAAUAAAGGCAAUCGGCUUUCUUUCUCUACAGCAGUGAGCUUCGUUUAUGUUCAUGCAAGUUGACAAUAACAGGAAUGUAAACGAUUUAAAUUGUAAAUCGGCGAGCAAAGUCGUAAAUCAAAUAUUUCAAAAGCUAACCACCAGCAACUAAUGAUUUUAAUGGCAAUUGCGUAUCAUAAUCAAUCUUUUUUCAUAUUAAAGACAUAUGUACAUUUGAGAAUAUUCUCCUAAAAAUUUUAAAGUGAUACGGCAAAAUAGUUUCAGAGAUAUAGCGUAUAGUGUAAAAUUUUGUUAACUUAGCUUAAUGGACUCCCAAAAACUUAAAACGCGUUUUUCUCAAAACGCUAGUUUCGGAGUCGGUGAAACGGAUGGACCGAUCCACGACGUUUUUACACAUAUUUGUCAGCUCAUUCUGGAGCGCCUCCAGUGAACACUCACUCAUUGAGCGAGUGACUGGUGAGCAACUUUGUAUGCUCAAUUACAGCGCUGAGCGUAGUUGGCCGCCGAAGAGCGACUUAGAACAUUAGUUUGGGGUAUAUAUUCCUAUAGUUCUAAAUCCCGUCGUACUAAAACUACCAAAGAAUGACAGAUGUUAUGCUUACUUGUAUGUAUUUAGUAUAUGUAUGGGCAAUAAUUGCUCACGUGUAUGUGAGCAUGUGCGCCUGUAUGUAUGUAACUCAGCUGAUUGCACCCUCCACUAUUUGACAGUGACGGCCAUUGAGCGGCUUCUAGCGCUGUAAUAUGGUUGUUUGGCAUUUUUGAGCGGUUUCAAGCGUAUGCAUACGUGCACUAACACACUCACACGCACAUACACACACGCAUGCAUACGGGCAUACAAAUGUACCCCUAUAAGAGACAAUGUUGACCAAAUGUUGUACGUACCAACAUAUUUAUAGCAGACAGACUGUGCUCAACUAAAUCCAAAACAGAAAAUUACACAAACAACAACACCAGCACUAAAGUAUUUCUUCUUCAACAUCAGCCACUGUACAAGCAAAUUAGUGUAGUAUUUGUGUUGCACAGUACUCAGAGCUACCCAGCACAAGACGGCGCGUGAAUACACACAGUGUUGAGCCAGCGUAUGAAACAACAAGCCCACCGCAGCAGUCGUUAGGCUAGCCAGCGAGACUCUAGCACGAUUACGAGAUAUUUAUACAAAAUAAUAGUAAUAAUAAUAAUUAUAUUCAUUAUAUUUUCAUAAAUUUUUAAGCAACGAAUUUUACAACAACAAUAAAUGGUGUUUAGUGAACAAUAGAAAGUUUGCGGUUAAAAAAAAAACUUGUGCGUUUCAAGGCGUAAAAUGUGGCCAUGGAUGUUUUUUUGAUAUCAAUCACAGCGAUCAAGUGAAGAAAAAAAUAGAAAUCCAUAAUUUUACGAUCCUCACGAUUAGCGGUCAUAAAGUGUCAGAAGCUGCGAUUUGUUUGUGAACGAACGGAAAGUGGCGCGCUACGUAAUCCUUAUCAGCCGACAACUUUACCAACAACAUACAAACAUACAACAUAGACAUUAGUGCGUGUGUUGGAACAACAAACACACGAGCAGACAGUAGAAAAGGUGUGCGCGCUAAGCUUCGUAUAAACAACAAUAAUAAAUAAUAUUGUUUAUGCAAGGAUUUACUGCUGCAGCGAUAAAAGGUUUAAACACAUCUUAGGCGCCAAUCAAGCGUGGACAGCAGCCAUAAGUUGUCUGAUAUGAACUUGCAACAGCCUUUGAUGUUUCUACGUCGCAUAUCAGCAUACAAUUGCACUUUAUUAGUGAUUCAUUUUCUUUACAACGCAAACAACAAUAACAACGAUUGACCUACGGAAUUUUGCAUUUUGAAUACAGAAACUUUACAAUUGGUUUUCUUGUUUAUGACUCACUGCCAUUUUCGAAUUGGCGCUAAUUUUAGCAAGAACAAAUAAAUCAAGGACUUACACUAGACAACAAACUGCCAAUAAACUAUCUACUAAGUAAUUUAUAUAUCCAGUUAGACACAGAGUGACUAAGCAAUUUUCCACACAUCAUUACGUCACUUAGUCUUAAUUAAUGCUACAAAAUGUAUAAGUUGCUAGCCGGUUUAAAAUCCUAUCUGAAAUGGCAGCCCAUUGAGACGGACAAUGCCAUCUUCCGCCUGCACAACUCAUUUACGACCGUGUUGCUGCUCACCUGCAGUAUGAUCAUUACGGCCACACAAUUUGUAGGUCAUCCGAUCAGUUGCAUCGUGAGUGGCAUACCGACGCACGUGGUGAAUACAUUCUGUUGGAUUCAUAGCACAUUUACGAUGCCAGACGCAUUCAAGCGACAGGUCGGCCGUGAAGUAGCUCAUCCUGGUGUUGCCAAUGAUUUCAACGAUGAGGAUGCCAAGAAAUACUACACAUACUACCAAUGGGUCUGCUUCGUACUCUUCUUUCAGGCUAUCGCUUGCUACACACCGAAGUUUUUGUGGGACAAAUUUGAAGGUGGGCUGAUGCGCAUGAUCGUCAUGGGUCUAAAUCUAACGAUUUGUACGCGUGAGGAAAAGGAGGCGAAGCGUGAUGCCUUAUUGGACUACCUAAUCAAGCAUGUGAAGCGCCACAAACUGUAUGCCAUGCGCUACUGGGCCUGCGAGGCACUCUGCUUUAUCAAUAUCAUUGUGCAAAUGUAUUUGAUGAAUCGUUUCUUCGAUGGUGAAUUCAUGUCUUACGGUACACGUAUCAUGCAGCUGUCGGACGUGCCACAGGAGCAGCGUGUCGAUCCAAUGGUUUACAUAUUUCCACGUGUCACCAAGUGUAUAUUCCAUAAAUAUGGUGCUUCCGGUUCACUGCAGAAGCACGAUUCGCUAUGCAUACUGCCGUUGAAUAUUGUCAAUGAGAAGACUUAUGUAUUCAUUUGGUUCUGGUACAUGAUUAUGCUGGUGAUGUUGAUCGGCCUGCUGCUCUUCCGCGCUUGCAUCAUUUUCAUGCCCAAAUUCCGACCACGUCUACUCAAUGCUCGCAAUCGCAUGGUGCCCAUGGAGAUCUGUCGAUCGCUCUCACGCAAAUUGGACAUUGGUGAUUGGUGGCUCAUCUAUAUGUUGGGUCGCAAUUUGGAUCCUGCCAUCUACAAGGAAGUAAUGAGUGAAUUUGCCAAACAAGUGGAACCCUCAAAGCACGAUCGCACCAAGUAAGAUGUGUGUAAGGGCAAAUGGAAAAAAAAACAAAGAAGCGUAAAAGAAGAAAGAACACUGUCUGAAAUCGUGUAAGGAAUAACCUAUAGUAGAUUUUUCAUAUACAUACAUACACUAAAGAAAAAAUUUAAAAAUUAUGAAUGUACACAAAAAAAACAAACAAUGACAAUCUAAUGUAGUAAUUCUGUGAUUAAGAAUUUUUUUAGAAUUCCAACUAAAAAUGUUUAACAAAGAAGAGAAGUUUUAUGAAACGGCAAGCAAAUACAAGGUUUUAAAAGCUAAUAUACAAAAAUCAAUGAUCACAACUCGAAAUAUAUUAAACAUAUAUAUAUAAAAAAAAUAAAAAAUUUAAUUCAAAACUUCACCAACAAAAAGGUGCGGAAUAGUAAUUGCAACCAUAUGUAAAUUAGUUUAUGACCUGACAUAAAUAAAAAAAAUUAUGCAUUUCAUAUGUAUAAAUGAGAAUUAUGUAUUUAGUUGUAAGUUUUGAAAUUUAGUAUAUUUUAACUUUAUUCAAAUGUUCGCUUUUGAGUCUUUCAAUUUUUAUAUUUAGCAUAAAAGUUGAAUAAAAUGUGUAUGCAUACACAUAUACAUAUUUCAUAAUAUUAAGUGUAGUUUAUAGAAAACAAAUGAAUUUGCAUAUUUUUAUAAUAAUUAAUAAGUGAAAACUAUUUUAAGAAAAGACAAGAAAAAUUUGAUAAUGAAAUUGGUUUAUACAAAUAUGUAUGCUAUAUAAUACAUAUAUGAUAUUUUUGUAGACUCUGCAAAAUGAUUGUUUUAUUAAUGUCAAAAAGUGAAUAACGCAAUUGGAAAUCUCACAAAUACAGUUUGUUCGCUUCUAGGGGUAAGUAAUGCCCAUUAUAUUCUCAUCCACCAGAAGUCUACGUAGGUAAAUGUAUGUAAAUAAUACUGAAUAUAAAACUCCUAUACGCAAACAAAGCAAAUACGCCGACUCAUUUACAUCGCCAAAAUAUAAAUACUUGAAAUAUCAACAAUUUUUAUUUCGACACUUGUAGUUAUGCAGGUUGGAUACACCUAAAAACAUCUCACAAGCCUGCAGCACACAUAUACAAUGUGUAUGUGCGACAUUGAUAAGAAUAAGAUAAGCGUACAGAUUCGUUGCUUAAUUCAAGCGCUGCAUGAAUCAUAUUUAAUGGCGUUCUUUUUUUGCGAAGCGCUUUUAUAUCAUAAUAAAUAAAAUAAAAAUAUCCAUUGUUUCAAGUCUUUUGGAAUUUAUUUGCUGCCAUUUGCAGCAGAAAACUUUAAUUGUAUUGUAUUAUAAUAAUAACAACAAAUGUGUAUUAAAAAUAACAAACUUUAAAUGUAUCGAAAGUUGAAAGUAGUCAGCUAUUAGAUCAAUAUAGCAUUUAGUAAAAGUAAAAA